GGAUUUUUUUUCGCUAAAAUAUGAUGGUCCAAUUGUGAUAGUUGAUGCAUCAGGAUGUAACUUUUCUAUCUUUGUGUAUUAAUGGUAGCGGAAAAAAAAAAACAAAUGAAAAAGCACAGAGAUCCCAUUUAUAAGCCCAAAUCCUAAGCCCUAAUAAAUGAAUUUAUCUACUGCUCUUCCAACAGAAGAAAGAAAACUUAGUCCGGUGCAGCGGCGCCGCCCUCCUCUUUCUCCUCCAGGUAAGGCAGCUUCACAAGAUGGUGAGAGUAAGUGUUCUGAAUGAUGCUCUGAAGAGCAUGUACAAUGCCGAAAAAAGGGGGAAACGUCAAGUCAUGAUUAGGCCUUCAUCAAAGGUCAUCGUCAAGUUUCUUUUGGUCAUGCAGAAGCAUGGAUACAUAGGAGAGUUUGAGUUUGUUGAUGACCACAGGUCUGGAAAGAUCGUAGUUGAAUUGAACGGAAGGCUAAACAAGUGUGGUGUUAUUAGCCCUCGGUUUGAUGUUGGCGUGAAGGAAAUUGAACCUUGGACUGCUAGACUCCUUCCUUCAAGACAGUUUGGUUACAUUGUGUUGACUACAUCUGCUGGUAUCAUGGAUCAUGAAGAAGCUCGGAGGAAAAAUGUUGGAGGUAAAGUACUGGGCUUCUUCUAUUAAGCAGGUGACGGCAUGCCAGUAGCUGUCUAUUGGUAGUGAUUUUAUUGUUGAGGUUGGAACAGCAUAGGUGGAGUAGCUUUCUUUUUGGCUUCAUGAGUGAAACAUUUGAGGAUUGUCUUCUUUAUAAAUUUUAGUGAUUGUUUUAUACUUGUUAUAAAUUGUGAGUUAAUGCCCAAGUUAUAAAAUCACUGGUAGUGUAAUUUGUGCUUCA